GAUUGUCAUUCCAGGUCGGCCAUAUUGACCAAGUACCACGAGGUUCCAAAGUUACCUUCAGUGAACCUGGCUUGGACUGUCAGCGGAUGUAGAGCUAUAUAUUCAAGAUGCCCACAAACCAACCUCUGCCUCCGAAGGAAAAUACGCUUUUCAAACGAAUAUUGAAAUGUUAUGAACAAAAACAGUAUAAAAAUGGGCUGAAGUUUGCCAAGCAGAUCCUGACCAAUCCUAAAUAUGCAGAUCAUGGAGAAACUCUGGCCAUGAAAGGUCUGACCCUGAAUUGUAUGGGCAGAAAAGAGGAGGCAUAUGAUUAUGUCAGAAAAGGUCUACGUAAUGAUCUUAUGAGUCACGUGUGUUGGCACGUCUACGGGCUACUGCAACGCUCUGACCGCAAAUAUGACGAGGCAAUCAAGUGCUACAGGAAUGCACUGAAAUGGGACAAGGACAACAUACAGAUUCUCAGGGAUUUAUCUUUGCUGCAGAUCCAGAUGAGAGAUUUAGAGGGAUAUAGGGAUACCAGGUACCAGUUGUUGGUACUACGUCCAGGUCAGAGGGCGUCGUGGAUAGGGUACGCCAUGUCUUAUCACUUGCUCAAAGACUUUGACAUGGCGCUCAAGAUCCUGGAAGAGUUUAGGAAGACACAAACGGUGAAGCCGUUUGACUAUGAGAUCAGUGAACUUCUGCUGUACCAGAACAUGGUGAUGAGGGAGGCUGGAAUGGAGGAAGAAGCCAGUAAUCACCUGAACACACACGAUGCUGAGAUUGUGGAUAGGUUGUCCAUACAGGAGGUCAAAGCUAGUUUACUUAUGAAAGCUGGUAAAAUGGAGGCAGCAGCCAAGAUCUACAGAGAGCUUAUAGACAGGAAUCCAGAGAAUUGUGCCUACUACAGUGGUUAUGAAGAAGCUUCUGAUCCAGCUUCUCCAGAAGAAAGGUUGAAAUUGUACCAAGAUGUUCUGGCAAAGCUUCCGCGUGCGUCUGCUCCUAAGAAGUUACCUCUAGGAUUCCUAACAGGAGAAGCAUUUAGAAAGAGAGCUGAUGUUUUUCUAAGAAAUGGUCUACAUAAAGGUGUUCCCCCUCUGUUCACAAGCCUUCGUCCUGUUUACAAAGAUCCAGAAAAGGUCAAAAUAAUUGAAGAAUUAGUGUUAGGCUAUGAACAAUCUCUACAAGAGACUGAAUAUUUUAGUCCAGAAGACGUAGGCAAUGCAGAGCAAGAAUCGGCAUCAGUAUUACUUUGGACCCACUACUUCCUGGCACAACACUAUGAUUUCCUGAACCAAACCGAAAAGGCACUGGCCUACAUCAACAAACCCAUAGAGAGCACACCAACUUUAGUUGAGCUGUAUGUACUGAAAGGGAAAAUAUACAAGCAUGCUGGUGAUAUUCACAGUGCGGUAGAGAACCUGGACGAGGCCCAGGCCCUGGAUACAGCCGACAGGUUUGUCAACUCCAAGUGUGCCAAGUACAUGCUGAGAGCUAACAUGGUCAAGGAGGGGGAGGAGAUGUGCUCCAAGUUCACUAGGGAGGGAGUGGCAGCUGUGGAAAACCUGAAUGAAAUGCAGUGCAUGUGGUUUCAAACAGAGUGUGCUGCAGCAUACAGGAGGCUAGGGAAGUGGGGAGAGGCCUUAAAGAAAUGUUGGGAGAUAGAUAGGCAUUUUACAGAAAUUAUAGAGGAUCAGUUCGACUUCCACACGUACUGCAUGCGCAAGAUGACAUUGCGGGCGUAUGUUGGGCUUCUACGUCUGGAGGACAGGCUUCGUAGUCACCGUUUUUAUUUUAAUGCAGCAAAAACUGCAAUAGAGAUCUAUGUUCAUCUUUGUGAUCACCCAGUGACGGAGAAUGAAGAAGAUGAACAGGCAAACACAGAAAACCUUACACCAAGCGAACUGAAGAAGUUACGAAACAAGCAGCGAAAAGCACAGAAGAAGGCGGCACUGGAGAAGCAGCGGCAAAAAGAGGAGCAGCAGAAACGGGAGGCACAGAAAGCCAAGGCACAAGACCCAGACCAGGAUGGGCCUAAAGAAGAGGAUUUAAUCCCCGAAAAAUUAGCUAGGCCUGAAGACCCACUGGAGCAGGCAAUUAGAUUUUUAAAACCUCUUCAGAUGUUAAGCUCAGAUAGGAUAGAAACACAUGUUCUAGCUUACCAAAUAUAUUCUAGGAAAGGUAAAUUACUCCUGAUGUUGCAAUGUAUAAAACGUGGUUGUGCCGUGGAUAGGAAUAAUCCCCAGUUCCAUGAAUGUUUAAUGGACUUUUUAGAGAAAGUCAAAAGUCAAGGUGACCUGGCCAGUCCUGUCAGCAGUGUUCUGAAGCAGAGCAUGGAGGUGAUCUAUCAGGGCAAAGACACUAGAGCUUGGAACAAUGAGUACCUAGAAAAGAACAGCGACUCUCUACCACAUGUCCUGACAGCUGCCAAAGUAAUGUAUAAACUGGAGCCCAAGUCACAAGACAAAGCUGUGGUGUUGGCCACAAAUCUGGAUCUUAAUGGAGUCACGAUACAGAACUGUACAGAGGUGCUAGAAAGCCUGCGCCGUGGAGAUCUAGGACAGUGCGAGGCAGAGGCUCUGGAAUACGAAGGGAAAUGCCACGAACGCUUUAAAUAUGCAACGGCUUUCAUGGGACAAGGAGGGAGGAACCAUGUUCACGAGCACAUAGGUCAAAGCACAGAAUGCAAUCAUGACCACCCCAUAGAGUCCUAGCAUUUGUGUGUGGGGCAACGGCGUGUUGGUAGAACCUGUACGGUGGGAAAGCAGAGAGAGAUUGCGAUUGCGGAGGUGUGUGCGGGUGCUCAUGCCUUCUUCACCAGCUCAUGGAAGUUGCAGCAAAUUUGGAUCCCAAGUCUGUUUGUCCUUUUUUCUUCCCCUCAAACAAACAUUGUCUGGUCAAGUGGCAGUGCCGUUUCAGGUUGAUGGAACCUGUUUUUGUGGCGACAAGAUGAGGCUUGGAUUCAAGAGACUGCAGUGGACUUGUAUGGAAGUUGCUAAGCUGUUUGGACAGCCAAGAUUGACCUUUGCCCUAUCUGUCAUGUGCCAGUCGUUUUCAUCAACUUCAGUGUCACAGCAUAUGGCAUGGCCACACCCCAAACGUGUUAAACUUUGUGCACGUUGCAAACCAUUUCUCUCCCACGUGUUUUGGGUCAUAAAAAAACUCUGCAAUCCAAGGUUCUGUCAUAAACCAGACCAUCAUCUGUGCUUUUAUGCUUUAUGUUAUAAGUUGUUUUGUUUUUUUUAUUCAUUUUUUAAGAGUGAAAGACGGGUUCUUGUGAUCCUGUCUUAAGUGUUAUCAAUUCUCACUACCAAAUCCAGUACCUGUGAUCAUCAUAGUGUUACCUUGUCAAUAUUAUACAUUGACAACACGUCAUUUAUUAUUGAUCAACAAACAUUUGUUAUUGGUCUUGAAUAUUUAGGCGGUCUGUGUAGCUUGGAUCCUCAUAGGGUGUUUGCAGCAUUGCUAGUGGUGUGAUUUAUUUUGUUCGUUUGAAGACAACUGGCUCUGUUCUUGUUUUUUGAGGUCAUAGAACGUUAAAAAGCAAGUUUUGAUUUGAGAUUUGACAAUCGAGUUAAAGAAGGAAGAAGCCAGAAUGAGAUUUUGCAGCAUGAAAGCUUGGUAUGAAUGACUGUACAGUGUUGCCUUAUAUUUCACUGACAGAAGACAUCCACGUUUAAGAGUCGCUCACCCCUGUAUUGAACAAGAGCCAUUGUGCUGAGAUGAUAUGGUCUCUGGCGACAUCCCCACAGCUCUGCACUCUAUUUCUGCCCCCGGCCUGUUUAUGAAUAUGAACUUUAGAGAGAGGCAAGAUACUGGAACAGUACAUGACAUUUGAGACUGCCUUGGUGCAACAAAAAACCGUACAUGUGUGUCUUCUUACUUGUGGAAACUGGAAACCUGCCUUCUGAUUAUUGAAAUUUUAACAUCAUUUCCAUCCUUGGUAAAAAAAAAAUCACAAUUUGUCCUGUUGUGCUCAG